GAGCUCCCGCUCCCAAUCUCCCCCUUGGCGACCAUGGCGAACGCGCAGGAGUCGCUCGUCCAGGUGGGCACGAUGCGCGGCCACAACGACGUGGUGACCGCCAUCGCCGCGCCGAUCGACAACUCGCCGUACAUCGUCUCCGCCUCCCGCGACAAGUCGGUGCUGGUCUGGGACCUCACCAACCCGGCCCCGUGCCCCCCCGACGGCUCGGCCCCCAUCGAGUACGCCCCGCCCUUCCGCCGCCUCACCGGCCACAGCCACUUCGUCCAGGACGUCGUCCUCAGCUCCGACGGCCAGUUCGCGCUCUCCGGAUCCUGGGACGGCGAGCUCCGCCUCUGGGACCUCUCCACCGGCCUCACCACCCGCCGCUUCGUCGGCCACUCCAAGGACGUCAUCUCCGUCGCCUUCUCCGUCGACAACCGCCAGAUCGUCUCCGCGUCCAGGGACACCACCAUCAAGCUCUGGAACACCCUCGGUGAGUGCAAGUACACCAUCGGCGGCGACCUCGGCGGCGGCGAGGGACACACUGGAUGGGUCUCCUGCGUCAGGUUCUCCCCCAACACCUUCCAGCCCACCAUCGUCUCCGGCUCCUGGGACAAGACCGUCAAGGUCUGGAACCUUACCAACUGCAAGAUCCGCCACACGCUCGCGGGACACGGUGGCUACGUCAAUGCCGUCGCCGUCAGCCCCGACGGUUCCCUGUGCGCCUCCGGCGGCAAGGACGGCGUCACGCUGCUCUGGGACCUGUCCGAGGGGAAGAGGCUCUACCAGCUGGAAGCCGGCUCCAUCAUCCACUCGCUCUGCUUCUCACCCAACCGCUACUGGCUCUGUGCUGCGACAGAGGACUCUGUCAAGAUCUGGGACCUGGAGUCCAAGCACGUCGUGCAGGACCUCAAGCCAGAAGUCCAGGUCUCCAAGAACUCGCUGCUUUACUGCACAAGCUUGAGCUGGAGCGCGGAUGGAAGCACUCUCUACACAGGAUACACUGAUGGAACCAUCAGGGUCUUCAAGAUCCAAACUGGGUACGGCUACUAGAUAACAGGAAGUCUGUCGAGGGGUAUUGCUUAGGAGCCUUGCUGGUCAAACGGUUGUAAUGCCCGUCAAGUUUUUGGCUGUUCUGAGGCACAUUAUCUGCCUGCUACUUUGAGCUUGAGUCACUGUUCUAUUUUUUUAUAUUAUGCUUAGGUUUGUUGAUGAGCACAUUAUUCAUCAGUAAUAUGGAAGAGAAUCAGUUAUCUCACCACUGUUUUGUUUUGAUUAUUGCUUCAAAUAUACUCAUACUAUUUAGCCAUGC